AGUGCCAGAAGUGCAUUUUCCUCAUGUCCAGAGCAGUCUGCCUUUGGACUUGCAGUAUUUCCAGUUUCUGAGCUCACCAGGAGGACUAGACAACAAAGCGUGACAAGGUUUUGACCUGUGGCUGUGGCGGGGUAUGUGGAAUGCUCGAGCCGUCUUUUCCCAGGGAGGAACCGGAGCGGAGAGAACAGGAACAGGGUUGGCCCACCUCACAGGGUUGUUGUGGAGGCCAGUGCAAGAGCAGGAUUUUGAUGCAUGUUGCGUGACUUUCCUGUUCCUCAGCCCCACCACAGCUCUGAGGUUGCUGGAACACAAGAUCCAGUCGCCACAGGAGGCAGAAGCUCUGCACGCCCUCACCGUCCUGGAGUUGUGUGUGAACUGCUGUGGCGGACAUUUCCACAGCGAAAUGGGGAAGUUCCGGUUUUUGAACGGGCUCAUCAAGGUCCUCUCUCCCAAGUACCUGGGGGAGUGGUCGACCGACAGAGUCAAGGCUCGGGUCACUGAGGUGCUCUUCAGCUGGACGGUGUGGUUUCCUCAGGAAGUGAAAAUCCGAGACGCGUAUCAGAUGCUGAAGAAGCAAGGAAUUGUGAAACAGGACCCGAAGCUGCUGGAAGACAAAAUCUUUCCCCCACCUUCUCCAAGGCCAGCCAGUUCCAUUUUCGAUGCAGAUGAUGAGAAAUCCCAGCUUUUGAUGAAGCUCCUUAAAAGCAAAAACCCCGAAGACCUGCAGGCUGCUAACAGGAUGAUCAAAGGGCUCAUUGCGGAGGAAGAGAAGAAAACUGCCCGGCAGUCCAGGCGAGUGCGUGCCGUCCAGGACGCUCACAGCAACGCUGAGGCCCUGGAGGAAAUGCUGAGCAGCUACCAAGCAAGCCCGGGGGGCAGGGUCCCCCAGCCUGCCCUGGAGGCUCUGCAGGAGCUGCGUGCCAAGUGUGAGAAGCUCAAGCCCCUGCUCUUCCGAGUGGCCAGCGAGACGCUGGAGGACGAGGAGGCUUUGGCGGAGAUUCUCCAGGCCAAUGACAGGCUCACGCGGGGACUCAGCGCGUCCGAGCAGGUGGUGGGCGCCUGUGGGGACUCUGAGGCCGGCUCUGCUGGUGGCCCAGCCCCUCGGGCACCUCCUGAGCUGAUCAGCCUCUCCGAAGCAGACGCCCUCUUCCAGGCGCCCCCCACGGCCGCGUCCUUCCCAGGGCGGCUGCCCUCUUCCUCUUCCUCUUCCUCCUCCCCCCCUUCACUGGAUGAGGAGCUGGUGUCCCUGGGUUGUCCCAGGGAUGCUCGGCUCCCCUCCGGUGUGACCCCUCCUUUGCCUUCUGGCUCUGCACCCUGCCAGGGCUCCUUGGCGAAUCUUUUUGUCCCCCUGGGCUCCAUCACUCUGAGCACAGCUCCACCCGUCACUGUGUACGAGCGGAACGGCCUCAAGGCCAUGCUCCACUUCUCCAGAGACCCGGCAGCAGCCAGCCAACCGGCCACCCGCGUGCUGGUGCUGUCCUUGCUUAGCACGUCCCCGUAUCCCGUCCGGAACAUCGUCUUUCAGGCUGCCGUGCCCAAGGCGAUGGCCAUCAAGCUGCAGCCGGCCACGGGCUCCGAAUUGCCAGCCUACAACCCGCUCCAGCCUCCUGCUGUGAUUUCCCAGGUUUUGCUCCUGGCCAACCCACACAAGAUUCCCGUCCGGCUGAGAUUCAGGCUCCUCUUCACUCGGAACGAGCAGCCGUACAGUGAGGUGGGAGAGGUGUCUGGCUUCCCCGCUGCAGAGCUUUGGGGUGGGAGCUGAAGAACGGAGACUGUGGUGCCUUCUGCAGGUGCCCCAAAGCCUCUUCCUUGGCGGCCUUGGCAGGAAGGCCUUUGUGCCCAGACAUUAACUCCCAGCUGAUGGGGUGACCCUUUCCACGGCGGUAGCCGCCUCUUUCUUUAAAAUGACCAGCAAAGCGGUUGGGUCGUCUCUCUCUUCAUUCAGACUUUGUAAACUGCAUCAGAUAUACUUUCCCCCCCUCCAAUAACCCUGAAGAGACCAGUUUAUUCCUGACUGGCAUCAUGAGACAAAUGGCUUCAACUCAAAGCACCAUUUCAAAUCUAAAACCGUCACAUGAGCAAUUCCUUGGAAAAUCUCUCUUAAGUGCCUGGCUCGAAACUUCUGCGGUUCCUGAGAGGGGAGGGGAAGGUCGGCUUGUGGGGAGAACUGCUUGGAUAGCCUGGAAGCAAGGAAGUGGGAGCGAGAUAAGAGGCAGAGGGCUCGGUGAAGCAGAGAUGGAGAGCAGCAGCCCUCCGAGGGAGAGUAGCACCAGCAGCAGCAGCAGCAGCAGCAGCAGCGCCC